GUGUGUGUUUCCAGGUGGUGGGGGUGGUGUGCAAGAAUGGAUCCGGUGCUGUUUUUGGUUCGGGACUAGGAUUGCACUGCUUGGAGGGGUUUUAAUUGAGCGUGCGGACGGGGUAAGGAGGGACAGAGAGAGAGCCGGCCCCUGCAGUCUCCCUCAGCUCUGCCCCAAUAUCGAUGGGAGUUCUCAAACUCCGGGCUUGUUUGACUGUUCCACCGGGACCAUGUCUGCCAAGGAGAAUGCAGCUUGUAGAAAAUUCCAGGCGAAUAUCUUCAAUCACAGCAAGUGUCAGAACUGUUUCAAAUCCCGGGAAUCGCAUCUAUCCUCCGAUCAGGAUUUGACCCAGGCAAAGCCUAUUUAUGGGGGCUGGUUAUUGCUGGCUCCUGAAGGAACUGACUUUGAAAAUCCAGUGCAACGAUCAAGGAAAUGGCAGAGAAGAUUUUUUCUCCUUUAUGAACAUGGCUUAUUGCGUUAUGCAUUGGAUGACUCGCCCAGCACACUUCCUCAAGGCACCAUCAAUAUGAACCUCUCCACUGAUGUCACCGAUGGUGAGAGCAAGACAGCUCAGAAGAACUCGCUUUGCAUUGUCACACCAGAGAAGCACCAUUUCAUUCGUGCAGAAAGCAAAGAGACGAUAAAUGGUUGGUUUGAAAUGCUGAUCGUGUAUCCACGCACAAACAAACAGAAUAUGAAGAAGAAAAGGAAAGUGGAACCUCCCACACCACAGGAACCGGGACCUGCUAAAGUUGCAGUUACCAGCAGCAGCAUACCAACUGCUGAGAAGGUCCCAAGCACGAGGUCAACACUCUGGCAAGAACAAGAAGAACUGAAAAAUAAAGAGCUCCGUGUCAUCAGCCCCACGAUGAAAAGCCCUUCGGAAAACCAGUCUUCCAUUGUCCCAUCUUCUGAACCGCCAGCAGGACUGAAAGAAGCCCAGAGUGUGGUUGAUGUUAAUGAGGUGGAUAGCCAACAGAAGAAGCGUGUGGAGAGUGGCUACUUUUCUCUGGAGAAGCUGAAGUCUGAAACAAAGCAACUCAUCACACCUCCAAGAAGCAGCAUCACCAGCAGGUACAGUUCCUCUGAGAGUUGCAUGGUAAUACCAUGCCACUCUACCUUGUACAGCGAUCCUUUCCCUUCUCCAGGUAACCUUUACUGCAGCAGUUCUUGUGUUAGCCCUUCCCAGAGCUCCUUCGAUUCAGAGACCAGUGGUGCCACGCUGUCGAGCAUUGCAAGUUCAAGCAGCAGGGUUGGGGAAGGGUCAAGCCAUUCUCCAGCUACACGAAUAAAUCUGGACUAUGCCAAAAUGGCAGAUGUCCCAAAAGCCAAGAGGAUCAGCGACAAACAGGCCUUCCAAGCAAAUAAGGACCAGGAGCAACGGUUUCGUACCUGCAGUCCUGGCAGAGCGGAGUUGACACGUUUGUUUGGGACAGAACGAAGGAGGUCACAGGUUAUUGAACAGUUUGAGACCCUGGAGAUGAAGCGAGCCCAGCAGAUGGCAUCCAGUUCCCCUUCGGAGACUGAUUUUCACACCAUUAGAUGUCGAGGUCGAAGUGAGAAGAGAACCUUUCCAAGGCAAAGAGAUUUUGGGUCGGAGUCUGACCAAAUCAGCUCUACUCCAGAUGUUUCAGCUGUGACUGUUCCACAGUACCGCAGGGCAAAGUCCCUGGACAGAAGAGCCUCUGAGUCAACAGUGACGCCAGACCUACUGAAUUUUAAGAAAGGUUGGAUGACAAAACUCUCUGCAGACGGUCAGUGGAAGAAGCAUUGGUUUGUCCUGACUGACCAAGUUCUAAAAUAUUACCGAGACUCUGCAGCAGAGGAGACAGUGGAUCUGGAUGGUGAGAUCGAUUUAAGUAACUGCUACGAUGUCACUGAAUAUGGAGUGCCAAGGAACUAUGGAUUUCAGAUCCAUACGAAAGCAAAGGUGUACACGUUGUCUGCCAUGACGUCAGGGAUUCGCAGGAACUGGAUCGAAGCGAUAAUGAAAAAUGUGCAUCCUGUCACUACACCAGAUGUGACAAGGAAGAACUUUCCUCUGAAAAUGUCUGUGCUGAAACAAAGGAGCAUCCCAGAGGAGAAAAUGAAAGGAAGAAUUCUAUUUGAAGGUGCAUCCGUCAAUGGAGAAAAGCCAGCAGUAACAUCAAAAGAUAGACCCAAUUUAGAAGCUGAACCGAAGAAGAGCAGAGCCUGGGAGCGAAGAAAAGAAGGACGCUCCAAAACAUUUGACUGGGCAGAAUUUCGUCCAGUUCAGCAGCGGCCCAGUGGAGGACGUGUUCACAGACCUACUUCCAUGUAUGUCAGAGACAUGGCUAAUCCUGCAACAGACUCUCAAGAAUUGGAAAAGGACCGUGCACGGCGGCGAGAGGAAAGGCGCAGACGAUUUGAAAUGACUGAUGUUUCUCUUUCUCCGGGUUACAAUGAUGCAAACAGGAUGGAGGUAGAUGGGGCCACCACAACCACCGUAUCCCCAGGACCUAAAAGUGUUGAUGUUGAAAUUGAGCAUAGAUGGCAGCAGGUGGAAUGUACACCAUUACGUGAGGAGAAACAAGUUCCUAUCCUCACUACACAGACCUCCAGUGAAGGAAGACCUCCAGCCCAGGACUUGAUCUUAAUACUGGAGAAAGAGUUGGAGCAAUCUCACCAGGCAGUCUUUAGGCUGCACGAACAAAACAAGGAGCUGCAGGGGCAGCUCAGGGCUGCUCUGGAGAGGGAACACAAUGCACGGGAUGGUUAUGUACUGCAGUUAAAGGGAAUACCCUCACCACCUUCAGCACGGCAACGACUCCAAAAACUAAACCAAGAUCUCCAAAAUGAGUUCAUAGCUCAAUACCAACAUCAAGCACUGGCCAGUCAGCAACUGCAAACUUUAAAACGGAACAAUGAGGAAGCAAAUGAUAUAAUCCGCAAGCAGGAGAUGGAAAUACAGAAGCUGCAGGAACAGAUAAGUUCCACAGUGUCCGAAGGGGCAGGUAAUGAGCAAGCGAUAACCAAACAAAACAUGGAACUACCGACUGCAAACAAGUGGAUCCAACAGCAAUGGAAAGAAUGGAAACAGAAAGAGAAAACAAUGAGAAUCCAAUUAAAGAACAGUGAGGGCAGACCAUAUGUUACAGAAAAUUUAGGGGAAUUGGUGAAACAACAAACUUUGCACAAAGGUUUUCAAGAUGGAUUGAGUGACAUCAGUGAGUUCUGUGCCAAGGAACAGGAAAGGCUCCAAAAAACCUAUGGGAUCUUAAAACAAACUUAUGAGAAGGAGGAAGAAAUCCAAAGCCAAAAGGUGAUGAAUGCAGAAGAAAAACCUGUGCAGCCUGCAGAUAUACAACUGAUGGAGCGUCCGGAGAAAGACAUGACAGCAGGUACAACAGAGAACUACCAUGUAAUGCACCAGUUGGAGAAGAAAAUGACAAUUCAGACUUUGUCACAAUGUCUUAAAGAGGUCAGAAAUGAAAGAGAAAAGCUGAAGUGUAGAUGUGAAGAGCUGGUUAAUCAAUUGAUGUUGGCAGACACUGAGAAUGCCAUGUUACAGAAUCAGCACGCUGAAUUUCAGACUCUGGAAAACUCAUAUGAAAAGUUAUCUGCUGUGUAUCAGCUAACUCUAAAAAUGUUGGAAGAGAAAAGUACGGAACUGAAAGAGGCCAGAGAGGAACACAAAAACCUCAUUGCCACAAAAGACAGAAAGCUUAAUGAAGCCCUGGUUAAACUGACUGCACUGGGGAGUAGCCUGGAGGAAGCAGAGAAGAAAUUGCAGGCCAAAGAGGCAGCUUUGCAGAAAUUCUGCUUUGCUAGUUCCAACACAAAUAGUGUGAAUGAUGGAGAAGACUUUCAGUUCAAACUAAACACUGCCAGAUGUGAUAUUAUUGAACUAGAACAAAAAUUAAAUGCAUUACAACUUGAAAAUGAAGAGCUUGAGCUUGAAAAUGAAAAUCUUAAAGACGAACUUAAAGUUUCUGAAAAUAUUCAACACCAGCAAUAUAAAGAGUUGAUGAAGAUAAUAGAAGAAUUAAAAUCUCAGCUGAAUUCUUCAGACACUCGGGCCGGGGAAACAAAGUCUUCAGUUUCAGAAAAUGUCAAGCUCAAGCCAGUAGCCUACAGUUGCCUCAAUAGGCAAAGGAUUAGGUUCUCCAGUAUACACUGCCAAAAAUACAGUCCAGAAGACAGAUCAGAAAAAUUGUGGGUCAACAACACUUCAAAUAUCACUUUGGGUGGGUGCUGUUCUAAAGAAAACAUCCCACCAGAUGCACCAGCACAUGGUGAACCUGCAGAAGCUGAAGCACAGUUGCAUGAUUCUGUUGUUCAUUUACUUGAACACAAACUUAAUGCUUCUGAAGCAAAAAAUGAUAUAAAUCUGAAGUUGGAAGAGCAGCAAUGUAGAAGUGCAGAACAUUCUAAGUUGGUAACAACUGAAGUGAAGCUCCCAGACAAUGUUUCUAAAACUGAUCCACUGAUAAUGCAGCUUCAAGUGGAAAAGGCACAGAGAUGGAAAUUAGUCCAAGAUACCAGCAGCCAAUUAAGGUUGAUGCAACCAAAGUAUGACCAAGUCUGCUCAUUGAUAGAUACAUGUAAGCAAAAUAUCUGGUGUCACCUUGGAGAUAAGACAGACCCAAACAAAGAUCACUUUUCUAACUUACUAGAAAUGAAAAGUGGUUUGGUUGAUGCUUCACAUUGCUUGGAGCAAGUGGAAAUAUUCCUCCAACAGCAGCUCAAAGAGCUUCGAGAAAUUGAAGAUCACAUAUGCCGUAACUCAGCUGAUGGUAUCGUUCCACUUCAGGAACAGUUUCUGUUGACAAGGGAGAAGGAAUUCUCUCAGCUACUUAAGAUUUCAGAUGAAAACAAACUAAAACUUUUUGCUGAUAAAUUAGUGUUUGAAGCUGAAAUUCUUGGAAAAAUGUCACAAGCUUUACUUAAUAAAGAUAGUGACAUUGUACAGAGCUUAGAAAGCCUAAGUAAAGAAGCUGGGAUUUUGUCAUCAAAUUUUCCUGCUUUAAAUAUGGUCAGGGAACCAAGCAGUCCUGCAGACUUUGCAGAUAUCUUACUGAGAAAAACCAUUUCAGAUGGAGAAUUCUGGAUAGAAGUUGAGAAGUUGAGGAAGAAUAUUCAACCAGAAGAAACUGUUGAAGAGAAAAGGGUAGAUAUUGAUGCUGGUUUUAUUAAUGAGUUUGUCACUGGAGCAGCUGACAAUGCAUCACUUAAAGCAGAGCUGGCUUUCACAGUGCAAAAGAUACAAGAGACCUUCAGAGCAAAAGUCGGAAAACUUGAAGAUGAUAUUCAGGACGCACUUCAAGAAAUUGCAUACAAGGACAAUAUGUUGAGAGAGGUUCUAUUGGCUUCCAAGACUGAUGAGGUCAACAAGGUCAUGCAGCAACUUUUCGGGGAAUGUGAAAACCCAACAGUUCCUGAGGGAAAGGUAAUAAAUGUGGAAGAGCCAGAACUUCUUUCACAUGCAAAACAAAUCAAAAGGGAAGAGGCCCGGAGUCUGGCUCUAAAUGUUGUUGAUAAACAGUUAAGGAAACACCUUUCUGAAAAUAAAAUGGAAUGGGAUUUUUCAGGAACAGUCAGAGAGGAAUUAGCUGAACAACUAAGACAACGAGCUAUAGUGCUACGGCAAUUAUCUGAAGAUUUGCAGGCUUUGACUUUUGAAAAAUCUAGCAAAAUUUGUCAGAAGCUACAAGAGGUAUCUGAAGUGUUGUCUUCCUACAUCUAUAUGCGAAACAUUAAUAAUUAUGCAUCUGUGUUGGUGCAAGAAGCCAUGAUUCAAGCUCAAAUUACUUAUUUGGUCUGUAGAAUCAGAACAGAGCAUGAGAAGGAGCUCAAAAUAUAUAAAGAUUCAAGUAAUAAUAUAGACUCUUUGUGUCAAGAGCACGCAAAAAAUCUUGCAUCUGUACGGGAAAAAUAUGAAGAGAUACUGAAAAGGGAAUGGAAUGAUUACAGUCUUACACUUGCAGAGCUUGAAAAAGAAAAUGAGACCCUCAGAAGGCAGGCCUCUCUGCACAUCUCAGAAUUAGAACUGAAACAAAAAGAACUACAAGAGUUGGAAGAAAGGUACAAGCAUCAUCCGCUCCAGAUUGAAGCAGGGUUCCUGCUGCCAUUAGGCAGCAAUCCGAUCAAUAUGGAAGAGAUGAUGAAACAAAGAAUGACUGAUCAAAAUUGGGAACAGAAACACAGAAAGCCAGUGAGGAAAUUAGAAGAAAGUUUACAACAUAACACACAAGAGCAUUUAAUAAUGCAUGAAGAGGAAAAGCGCAACCAAUAUGAACAACAAAUUCAUGAUUUAGGAGAUUCCUUUGAACAUCAAAAAGAAAAUUCUGAAAUGGUAUAUCACCAGAACUUCUCAACACAGAACAGUGAUUGUGAUGGAGCAGAUGGUUUGAGCAACACCAUAGAGGUUGGUAGAAACUUGCAACAUGUUGAGAAGCAGGCAGAGUUGGAAUCUAUGACAGUACUGCAUGAUCGGAUCCAUGAACUGGAGGCCCAAAUGGACAUGAUGCGUGAUGAAUUGGGGCAGAAGCACAAAGAUGGACCCAUUGCAGAUCUAAGGGAGAAAUACCAGAGAGACUUGGACAAACUGAAGGAGACCUGUGAGCGUGGUUUCACAGCAAUGGAAGAAUCACAUCAGAAGGUUAUUGAAGAGCUACAAAAACAGCACCAAAAUGAACUAGAGAAACUACAGAAGGAGAAGGAUCGCCUACUGGCUGAGGAAACUGCUGCAACCAUAGCUGCAAUUGAAGCAAUGAAGAAUGCCCACAGGGAGGAGUUGGAGCGAGAGUUAGAGAAAACCCACCGGUCUCAGAUCAGUGGCAUGAAUGCUGAUAUAGAGGCUCUGGGUAGACAGCAUAAAGAGGAGAUGGGAUCUGUCCAGCGGGAACUGCAGGUUUUGUCAGAGCAAUAUUCCCACAAAUGUUUGGAAAACUCUCAUCUCGCUCAAGCAUUGGAGGCCGAACGGCAGGCACUUCGGCAGUGUCAGCGUGAGAAUCAGGAGAUAAAUGCUCGUAACCAGGAGCUAAAUAACCGCCUGGCUGCGGAAUUUGCAAGGUUAAGGGCACUAGUUACCGAGGAGGGGAAGGGAGAGGAUGCUGGCUCACCCCUCUCACUAGGGAAAGAUGUCUAUGAACUGGAGGUUUUAUUGCGGGUCAAAGAAUCUGAAAUUCAGUAUCUAAAACAAGAGAUAAAUUCUCUGAAGGAUGAACUGCAAAUCGCACUGCGGGACAAGAAGUACGCUACAGAUAAGUAUAAGAGCAUCUACACAGAGCUUAGCAUUGUGCGAGCAAAGGCUGACUGUGAUGUCAACCGGUUGAAAGAACAACUAAAGACUGCUACAGAAGCAUUGGGAGAGAAGACAAUAGACUGCUGUGUUACUAGUUACGAUAUCAUGAAAUCAAAAAGUAACCCAGACUUUUUGAAGAAUGACAAGCCGAACAGUCGCAGGCCUGUGAGGACUCUGAGGUCAAAGAGCUUGAAAGAAGGCCUCACAGUGCAAGAAAGGAUGAAGCUUUUUGAACCCAAAGACUAGGAGAUUUCUGCAUUCAACACUGCCCUAGGUCACAUCCACUCUCUUUUCAAUAAACAGACUGCCUCACAUUGUAAUCAUCAAUCCUAGAGGGAUCAAACAUCUACUUCAUCCUGACUUUGCACAUUAGCCCAUAAUGUGACAUUUAAUUAAUAGCAUAUUCAUAAAUCCAUGCUAAUGUUAUGCUUAAUCUGUGUUAAUGCCAAUGAUUCUCGAGUAAAGUAACCAAAAAUUGUUUUAAAAUCUGGAAAUUUGUCGUCUUACUUUUAGGAAGAUAAUUCACUCUUUUCAUAAAUCUGAUUUUGCUGUCUAUUGCACCUAGAAUAGGUUUACUGCUUAGAUUCCCAACAGGUGGAUGCCAUGUGCUGCAAUCGUAUGAAGGUGGAAAGAUUUCCAGACUCUCCUGACUCCUACUUGCCUGUUUAUUUCCAGAAAGGCAUGCAGAAACAUCUUGGUAGUGGCUGUGAGGGAAACAGAAAACCAGCAGAUUCCAACAGUGCAUGGUUUAAUGGUGGUGGUGGUUGGAUAUGCAAGUACUAACAUUGUUGGUUACAGCAAUUUAUUUAGUACAAUCUGUAUGCUUUUUCAUUUAGAUUCACCAACAACUGCUUCACGGUACUGUUCAUAGUUGCAGAGGGGCUUCAACCACGUGUUCAGCUCUAUGCACGUAUAGAUAGUGAAGUCUUCUCCUGUUAAAAGUGUGCACACUAGGUAGUGCACGAUAAUCACAGGCUUUGUCGUCUGUUGUGUUAGAGGUAUUAAUGGCUCUUUAGUCCUAAGAAAACAGAUGUUGCUCAGUUGUAUUUUUAAGUCCUAAAGUCAAAACAUAACCUACAACAGGGCACAAAUGUAGUAGCUUUAAAGCCAAAUCUAGUUCUACUGUGUUAAAAGAAAGCAGGAGUAGAUGACAAUCUGAGUUAAUCACUGCCUCUCAUCUUCCAAUCUGAGGAAAGGCAAACUUUGCAUGCAGAAAUACGUGCUUCAGUUAGAUUCUUAUUCCAUCACAAUUACCUCCAUAAAAAUGCGCUUUUGGUAACUAAAUUGAUAAACUUACUAAAGAAGGGAAAUUUCUAUUGGUGUAGUGGGGUCACAGCCAUACAAUUUCAGAAAAUGUGGGAAGAACUCCAUUACAGAUACCCACCUUAAAUGGUAAGUAUUUGAUUCUCAAAGAAUGCAACAAAUUAGGAUUUUAACUUUCAAAAAUGUAAAUGACCAUUUCAAACAAUAUGAAUAAGUUAUUACAGAUGAUAUAGGACUUGUAAUACUCUACUUGCACCAUAUUUGUGAAAGCACUGGAUUAUGAUGUAUUUUUGCAGAUCACAGAUCCCAGCUAACCACCUCUGAUUUAUCAGAUGAUCAGUAAAUGAAGAGUUCCUGUGACUUGUGUUGUUUGAUGAGCCAUAUGCAGAAACUAAGACAACAAUUAUUAACUGUAGCAAAAAGACUCUGCAUCAGAUUGUGCCGAUGAACCACUUCUGUGCAGUUAAACUGGAGCUGUUUAAUCCAUUUUUCACCAGAAACUUAGAUUUCUAAUCUGUGAAAGACUUCCAUGUUGUGUUGAAGGUCUGUCAAAAGAAGUUUUUAUUACAUAUGUAACUUAAUCUUUUGAGUAGCUGCACAGAAUUGACAGUAAUAUUGUACAAAAGUUGUCAGUUCAAUAGCAUUCUGUAUUUACUACUGAGUUCUUUUUGUGACAUUAAAGCACUUGAUGAA